GCUGUUUAUUCAGUCACGAGCACGGUACGGUCCGCUACGGUUCGAGAGCAAGCAACCGUCGAAACGAAACAGUAUUUCCACGGUGGAAAAUCGAGGAACGUUGCUUUUAAUUCCGCCAGCUCGCUGACGCGGAAAACAAUUUUUCUCCCGGGGCUAUCGUUACCUAUUUUUUUUUUUCUCUCUCUCUCUCUCUUCGCCGUCCUCGUUCGUCUUUAUUCGCCCGCACGGCAUCCCCUUGUUUUAUUUCUCGGCUGCCGUGUCGCGCGUUAAGAUCGGGGUGACAGUGAAAAAUGUAGCCGCGAGAAACGCGUGUCUCGAGUUUCCAUGCGGAGGCGAACCUUCCAAUGAGGAAUGAAAAGAUGCGCCACGACUCUAUCCGAUGAUAUCGCUUUUCCGAACAUCUAUUUUCGAUUCAGAUGUUCCAGCGGGAUCAAUUUUUCACUUGAAUUUUUCAUUGAACCAGAAGACUCAUAACUUCAGGGUCGCUACGGUUAAACCGGGUGCUAUGACCCAACAGUUUUCGUAUAACCCCGAAGUUUCAUCAAAAUCUCGGUUAGCUGCUUCGCAAGCGUUUCUCCUCGAGGUGUACCUCGAAGUUUCCAAGGGUUCGUGAGGUUGCAUUCGAUUAACCGCAAGACGUAACCGUGCGACAAGAAACUGGGAAAUUGACUGAAGACUCGGUGAAGAAUUGUGGAUUGCCGGUGUAGGAGUUCGGCCCCAGGAGUGGCCCGGGGGUUACCCUGGGGACCUCGGGGAGCUGUACGAGCGACGACGAGGCUGCUGAGAAGGACGAAGGAUACGGGAGGCGGAGGAGGCCGCUAUGAACGCCAGCGUCAACAUCGAGAGGAACUCCUGGCGGCUGCCUCCCGACGAGACCGUCCAGGUCGCCGAUCCCCGUUCAAAGUCAGCCCAGGUAAAAGAGGAUCUAACGUACGCGGAGAGCGGCCACAAUUGGCGCAGCAUAAUCUUCUCGCUGCUGGUCAUCGGUUUUGUUAUCGCCGGCAUCGUUACGGCCAUUUACCUCCUCGGGUACGUCGACGAGUUGUUGUACUGGAGCGGCAGACGGCUGACGUUAGACGAGUGCCUUCGCGAUGAUCUGACGCCUCACAGGCUAACACCGACCUGGAUUUCACACGACAAGUUUAUCUACCAGGCUGACGACGGAUCCCUCACCCUCCUGGACACCAGCAACAAUUCCGUGUCUCUUCUGGUUUCCAAUCACACGCUCAGGCAGCUGAAUGUUCAAGGCUACCAGUGCAGCGCCGAUCUACGUUACGUGUUGUUCAAGCACAAUGUCAAGCCGGUAUUCAGAAACACCUUCACAGCUUACUAUACCGUCUACGACGUCACGAACGAUCAUCACACUCCUCUUCGUCUGCACACGUCGCGAAGGAUGCAGCAAACGCGACUGCAACACGCCGCUUGGUUGGGUAACACCUCGGGUCUCCUGAUGGUAUCCGAUAACGACAUCUUCGUGAGAAUGGCACCAUCAGCUCCCGAGGAUGCCCGACUGACCGACACGGGUGUACCGGGAGUGAUCUACAACGGUGUGCCCGACUGGCUGUACCAGGAGGAAGUGUUACCUCGACCGGAGGCAGCCUGGCCCAGCCCCGAUGGCACUCAUCUUCUUUUCGCUACCUUCAACGAUACCAAAGUCACUGCCCUCGAGUUUCCCUGGUUCAGCACGCAGCCUGGUCAAGACGGAGCCAGUUCGAGUCCGCUGACCGCGACCAGGAGAGGUUCCUUUCCGCGUUCCAAAUCGGUCAGAUAUCCAACCCCUGGUUCCCCUAACCCAGAGGUCGAUCUAUGGCUCCUGGAACUCGCUAACGUGACCAGCCCUACGAAUGGGAACGGUACCGCGAAUAGCACCAUCGUCUCCAGGACCAAGCUGAAGCCACCGCCAGCUUUGGACGGGCAGGAGUAUUAUCUGAUAUCGGCCGGUUGGGUGGGCGACGACUCCAGCCACGUUGCCAUCGUGUGGAUGACGAGGUCGCAGAAUCUGUCAGUGGUCUCGGCGUGUCGCGCACCCCUAUGGGAGUGCGAGGAGACUCAUUCGGAACGAGCACCGGAGGGACAAUGGCUGGACGCGCAGCCUCAUCCUCUGUUCGCGCCUGACGGCGACAGUUUCUUGUUGUUGGCUACCGUUCAGGAAGGCGACAAGGAACAUUUCACCCACAUCAAGCAUGUGACGUUGACUCAGCAGAGGAUAGCGGUUCUUUCGCAUGGUCGUUACGAGGUGAGCGAAAUCUUAGCGUGGGACACCAAGGCACACCAGGUGUAUUACUUGGGUACCAGAGAGAGAAGGCCAGGACAGAGACACUUGUACAUGGUACGCGAUCCAACUGCGGAUGAUCCACGACGAUUGGAACCACUCUGCGUCACCUGUGACCUUGGUGAGGUUCUAUGGAGCAGUAGGUUUUAUUACACCAACUGCACGCACUUUGGCGCAUCCGUCAGUCCAGCGAUCAACGACGAAACUCAGGGUUACUACGUUCUUUACUGCGAAGGUCCGGGUCUUCCGUUGGCCGGUGUGCAUCUGAUGGGCUCCCAUAAGAUGAUCCGUGUACUGUACGACACCAGAAUCCAGCGAGGGGAUAAGCUAUCGCAGUUAGCUCUACCGACACGAAGGAGUUUCGAGGUACCUUUGCCUCAAGGCUGGAAAGCCCAGGUGCAACUUCUAUUGCCCCCCUCGUGGCGAGAGGAGCUCAGAGAUGCGGCUUUCCCGGUACUGGUCGAGGUGAACGGUCGUCCCGGAAGCGAAGCGGUCACCGAUCGAUUCAAGAUCGACUGGGGCACCUACAUGUCCAGUCACAACGACGUGGUGUACGUCAGAUUGGACGUUCGCGGGGCGAGAGGUCAGGGGAAGAGAGACUUGUUCAGGAGGAUCGGCGGUGUCGAGGUUCAAGAUCAACUGACCGUGUUGAGGCACCUGUUGAAGACCUUGAAGUACCUCGACGUGACGAGGGUCGGUGUGUGGGGCUGGGGAUACGGUGGCUAUGUGACAGCCAUGGUGUUGGGUAGCCAGGAGAACGUGUUCAAGUGCGGAGUCGCUGUGAAUCCCAUCGCUGAUUGGUUGUAUUACAAUUCCGCGUUCACGGAACGGGUACUCGGUGCUCCAGCCGAGAACUACAAAGGUUACGUUGAGGCUGACCUAACCCAACGGGCAAGGUUGGUGCCGAGUCACAGUCUUUAUCUUCUUCAUGGUAUGGCUGACCUGACAGCGCCUUUCACGCACAGCGUCGCCUUCGCCAAGGCUCUGUCCGAAGCGGGUAUCAUUUUUAGGUACCAGAGCUACGCGGACGAAGACCACGCCUUAUCGGGCGUGUUGGAGCACGUUUAUCGUUCCAUGGAGGACUUCCUCGCCGAGUGCCUCUCCCUGGACGCGUCCUAGUGCCUCAAGCCGAACACUCCCUCGUUCUCUCUAGUUCGCCUACUUCUGAUACAUCCCGGAUGGGCCUGGAUAAUCGUCGUCGACGAGGCUCACCGUUCAGCAUUAUAGACUAGUUCUUCGAACGUAUUCUCGGAAGCACCUUCUCGUUACGAAACACGAAAGAAGACUCGAAGAUGAAGAACGCGCAUCUGCUACGGUCUUACCGGGAAGCGAGUAGAAUAAAAAUAAAGAAAAUACCAAAACGGUGAUGACAGGGAUGAGGUAAAGCUAGCGUUUGUAUAAGUAAAUAUCGUUGAUAACGUUGUAUAUCAAGCGGAUUCCUCUUUGCUACGAAGAAACUGGUUCACCGAUAGAACUCGCGGUAGACUUACUCCAACAUCCCGAGGCGUAGUGUCUAGUCGACGGAAUCGUGUUCAAGCAGCUUCGCAAGCUCUCGUUUCUUGCCCUCCCAUAGCCUAUCGACGAACGAGCUCGUUGGAUUUGGCGAGCUUGCAAGCUCUCACCACUUUUUAUACACCUUGAGAAUCCGAUAGAGAGGAGUGAGAGGAGAAGAUGGAGAACCGCGAGCGACGAUCCAACGCAUCGAGCUUAGCGCGAGCUUGCAGGUUCGCCUACCCUCCUUUUUAUAUCGAACUUGCACACACUAGUCGUUCAUAGGCCGCGUUCCGCUUUCAAAAGUAUCAAGCUUUUCGAAGCUUGCAACUCUCUCUCUCUCUCUCUCUCUCUCUCUCUCUCUUUCUGCUCUUUCUAUCAGAGAUCGAGCCAUGAUCCAUGGACCGUCCGAGCUGACAAGGCCGGACUUAAUGAUCUCGUCGCUUCAUUUCUGCUAAUUACAAGUAAUUGCAGCUACGCUAUAUCGGUGCCUCUCUGAUUUUCUCGACAACCAAAUACGGCUACGCCUAUGCGAUGAGGUUCGUCCAGGAUUAUCAACACACUGAACGUUUUAGAAACGGACGCCUAGUCUUAAGGUUUUGUGUUGUACAGCUUGGCGCCUAGUAUGUGUACCGUAAUGUUUACACGUAAAGAAACGGAAUAACAGAUUUUUCUCAACCCUUAUUCCCUCCACCCGAAUUCACCCCAUUUACGAUCCUUUUCGAUAUUUGUAUAUAUCUGUACGCAACCUUGAUCAAAGGAUGCCCACCCUCGACGAGGUUCCCAUGUGUUCCCGUUUGUCGUUGAUCGUUUGUUGUACCUAUAUAUCGCUAAGUUGUACUAUACACACAUACACACACACAGAUUUUCAGAUUAAAUAAUUAAUUAAGCAAGCGGCUCGAGGCUUUAGGAUAACCUUCGGGACUCAGCUUAGAGCGAAGUUCGAAAUGAACGGACCUCGUCGCGGGCAACGAACACCUUUUCACCAUCAACCAUCGCGUUCAACGUCCUAGAGAAGUUGACGAUACGGUGGAAAAGCGAUUUUAGAUAUUUCUAAUGAUCGACGUUCGUUCAGACGAUGUUGAAGAAUCGUUCGAGAUCGAUCGAGCCUGCGAGCUCUUCAUCCUUUCGCUUAAUGACGAUGAUGAUGAGAACGAUUGCGUUCAUGGGAAAAUUCUACAUUAUCGAGGUAACGAUAAGGAUGAAAAGAGUUCGAAAAUUGUUACGUUCAACAACUUUCGGCUCGAUCGAUCGAUUCGAACGGAAUAGAGUCGCACGUCGCCAUAAACGCUGCCUGCCCAGCAGCCCUUAAAUGCCGACAAUCAAGGCUAGUGCAACUAAUCAAACGAUAAUAAAUAGAACGGAGAGGAUGAAGAUAUUACCUAAUAAUAUUAAUGAACCUUAGUUGAACGAUCGUUGCGGUUCGUCCAUGUUGGACUGCGAUAAACGCGCUUCUGAUUCAUCCUUUGAUUAGUUUAUUCGAUUAAUUAGAUUCCGACAUUUUCGCUGUCACGGUUUAUGUUGGAAACAUCGAGUUUCUCGAGGGACAAAAGAUAAGAACAGUUUUAUACACGAAGGGUAUAACUUGGUGCACUUCUAUGGAAUAAUUCUAAUGGGUAUCGUUGACACAUGGACGAAUACAUAGAAUCGUUAGACCGAUGAUUACGUGCUUGAUGUCGAUUUGUAGAGAGUACAAAGGCGAAUCACGUGGCCAAAGAAUCGUCCAGCAGAAUUAUUUAUCCGAGUUCGCGGAUUCCUAGGGUAUGUUUGACCUCGUUUCAGCCGGAUCAAUCAAUUCGAAUCAACGUUGUCCCGGCGUUUUUCCACGGAAGUGAAAACCUUGUAAUAAAAUUAUCGUGCCUCGGUUCAACGUUCGCUAACUGGUCGUGGAACGAGAGAAAAUAUGCCCGGUAUCCCCGUAGCCUCGAUUCUUUAGCCUCGUGACAAGGACGGACACGUUGUUGUUUCACGUUUGUGCAAAAUAAAGAGGAAAAAAGUUGUUCAUCUUCGUUGGUGUUAUCGGAAACACCUUUCUUUCGUAAGAAACGAGCGAAUCGAACAGAAUGAAUGAAUCAAAGCGAAAGUCGUAUGAAUGCGUGUGUUGAAACAAGUGCGAACAAGUGUGUGAGCGCGCGUAAGAGUGCAAUCGCAAUCAAUUAUUAAUUAUAAUUAAAAAAAAAAAAAAAAUAAUGAAAAAAAACGAAACGGCAGAAAGUGCGGCGAAUUUAAACUAUAGGCAUAGAUCUCGAACGGCAGGCACGCAGACAGUAACAACAACAAGAACAACAAUAACAACAACAAAAUACAAGCAUGCAAAUUACGAGAAAUUAAUCGUAACAGAAAAAAAAA